AUGGACUACUCUGACCUUAACUCCCUCGACAACCAGACCCUCGAGCAAUUAGAGCACUGGCUCAAGCUUAUGAGCACCCCCGAAGUUGUACCCGACCCUCAGCCCGACGCCGGAUACGCCCGCAAUCAACCCACCUCCAGUGUCGCCGACUUCGACUUCGACAUUGACCGUGCCGGCUUGGACAACGCGCUGGAGCAUAUCGACGCCGCCGUCCCCCUCCCAGACGUCUACGAUCCCGAGUGGACAAAUUGGAUCAACCUACCGCAGUCCCCCGCUCAGGCGCCGUCAAGCGUCUAUUCUGACGACUCCACCAUCCCGGCCUCCCCACUCUCCAUGGCAUCCGACGAUACUGCCAUCGAUCCCACUUACCGCUUUUCGCCCAAGUCCGACACCAUCGAGGACUUCGCCUGCAACGGGCAACCCUCCAACCCCCCCGCUGCCGAGCCCUACGGCUGCCCCAUGGGAGCCUUCAAGCAGGGCCCUUUCCCGGUGACGUACAGCGUUCCUUCUGGCCUCAUGCCGCCUAUCGAAAGCGACCCGUGGGCGUUCUCAUCCCGUUGCGACAUGGGUGCCGACACCUAUGUGCAGCCGCAGCAGCAGCAGCAGCACCUAUCAGGUGCUGCUGCUUCUGCCUGGUGCGGAAUGAGCAUGCCAGCGGGCGACUAUGUCGCCCCGCUGACCUCCCAGCACAUCGUCGACGUCCCGGAGACGUGUCCCGAGGUCGCCCCCGAGAGCGCUACUCCGAGUGCGUCCACCACUUCCCCGAAACGCGCGUCUAGCGUGGACGGCGAGAAGCCUGCGAAGAAGCGCAAGCGGCAGAGCACGGAGAAAACCCUCGUCUGCCCGGAGUGCGGUAGCUUGUGGGCGCGACGCAACAAUCUCGACAAGCAUAUCAGCUCCGUGCACCACCAGAAACGCCCAUUUGCGUGCCUCGCGCCCGGCUGCACCAGGGCGUUCAGCCGCAAGCACGACUUAAAGCGGCACUUUCAGUCGGAUCACACCAACGAAGGUUCGCCGCGCCGCAAGGCGCCCAAGGCCUAG